GAUAUAUUUACCAACAGCUGAUGAUGACACAUCAACACAAACAUGGCAUAGAGAAAUGAACAUUACCACCACCACAGUCCCUUAUUUUGAGGAGACAGAAGCUGGAGAAGAUAGAUGGAAGCUGCUGGUAGUGGUAGCAGUACUGGGAACACUGAUGGCCGUAGUACUGUUGGUAGGAUGCGUGUGGAUUUAUGUGGUAUUCUGCAAGUGUGGCCCCCGACAUCGAAGGCCAAACUGGCACGAAGACUUGGAGGAGCUAGGCUGCUUGCCGGACCCACACAGGCACUAUCAUGCAAAACAACGCCGUGGUAUCAACGCUAAUGAAAAUUCAGGUGUUUCCAGGAGUUUAGGAUUGCAUGCGUCGUACCUCGGCGAGCAGCUGCCUACCUUGCCAACACCUCGGAGCUGGACACCAAGCCCUCCUCAUAACCCUCAUCACAUGCACACUACUGCACAGAUAAACAAGCAGGAGGCCACGUGCUGUGAGGAGCUUGGCAAUGCGGUGGACAAGAGCUGCGAGACCCAGGGAGGAACUGAGCCCCUCUACGGUAGCAGGGCUCGAACCUCUCCCUACAACCCUCGCUACAACACCCCCACCAGCGACAAGUGGUCUCAUACGCACAGCCUUGGGACAAAUUCAAGUUACACAACACAGGGAUUGCAUAAUCAACAUGAGGAUAGGAGACGGGAGUGUGAGGCCCGGUUCACUGGAUCUGGUGCUCGAGCUUUCCAAACGAGACAUUUCCAGAAGCGAAGAACCUCUGUUAAAGAAUACAAACACAUCACCAAUAAAAGACGUGGCUGCGAGCAUGUGGAUCCUCCACGAGCUCGAUCUUCAGACAACUUGGCUUCCGACCUCCCCGAGAACUCGAGGCUGGACACGUUGUUGGAAGGGAGCGAGGAGCAUGAGCGGUGCCAGAUCACCGCGCACCGGUCGCCAACGACGAGUAAUGAAAAGAAAGAACCCCUUAAUUAUUCCCACCCGCUCGUGUCCACGGUCAUGAGAGAACGUCACCCAAGGUUUGUCAGUGACGCUCAGCAGACGCAGUACACCCUCCCUCGUGCCGUGUCCUGUGUGUCACCCAGACCUCAGCCACAGCGGAUGAAACACUAUCAGGCUAGCAGUCACUUGGGCAUGUGGGUGCCCCAGCGAGAGCAAAGAUACCCUUCAAAAGACUUACUCUUUCACCAGCACCACGACCUCUCUUGCGUACACAACUCUCAACGGGACCGUGAUCAAGAAGUAAGGAGACGUAUGGCCUUAAAAUAUGGCUUUUGUCAAGCUUGUGGAGUCCAUUCAUCUCCAAGACAGCGGAUGAAGAGGCAAGCAGGAGACGCUGAGGCUCAGCACAAGAGCCAGUACACACAGACACUGGAAGACGACCUUAACUCUUGCAGUACCGACGUUGAAGAGAUGAACCACAGCCUCGCACCUUCGAUGUCGUGGGAUAACCUGACACCAGAGCUGUCAGCCGUUCUCACAGACACACUGCCAGGUACAAGCACUGUGGAGGAUGCCAGUGCUGACCGUGCCCCCACCGCCGGAGCCUGCUGUGUACCCACCCACGACAUGCCUCAGGAGUUAGGACACUCAGACGCCUCGAGUUCAGCACAUGAUGUAAUACAUAAAUAUGAAAGACGUUAUAGCAAUAGUGAUUAUUAACUGAAAGACUGGUAAGAAUUUAAUCGGUAAUUAACGAACUUUCACUCAAUAACAUCUUGGAGCUAUGCCUACAACCCUUUUUACGGUAAAGAGGACAAAAAUUAUUCCCUUGCACUGAAUGGCUAACAUUAUUAUAACAUCAAAAUAUCGCAUUAAUCUUUCUGUUCUUGAUGGUGAGGUAAAUUUUUAAUGGUUGUUAUUUGUCAAAGGCAAUUGUUGAUAGACACGACCCGGUAUGGAUUGUACUCACUUACGUGUCGUUGCAGGGGGUCGAAUCACACACGCACACACCCUGUGUGUGUUGGAUGAUGAAUGAAAAAAAAAUAAAACAAUUAUUUUUGUGUAUAUAAGAAUAA